AUGGACCCAAAUAACCCUUUAUCCGAGCGCGAGAAAGCGCUGGAAAACCAGUAUAUCAGAGAAAAAGAGAAGCAGCUCGCCAAAGCGAAGGCCGCCAAGAAGAUUGAGCAAGAACAGCAGUCCGACCAAGGAAUGCAUCAGUCCAAGUAA